AUGCGAUCUGCGUUUCGCAAAGCUGCAUCUUCGGGGCUCUUGAAGAAUAUGCAGGUUGUGACCGAGACGAAUGUGCCGGGCUCCUAUGCAGGGUAUGGGGGACCACGCAUCUUUUCUCCUCUGGCCGUCACACCAUCAGCAUGCCCCCCGAAGAGAGCGAAGGUGGCUGAGCCGCGCAAGGCGUCUUCUCAGACAACGCUGGUGGGAACGACGCUUGCAGACUGGCUUACGUCAGAGAGUGCUCAGCACCAGGCCCUUCUUGUCGAGAGACAACCCUGGUGGAAGGACUUUCAGGAAGCAUUAGAUCAAGGCGUCCAACAGGGAGACAUCAGGGAGGAGGAGGAGAUCAAAAUUGAAUUCAAGCGCGGCUCCGACCUCGGAGAGGUAGCGGAGAAACUUUUGAAUAAGGUGAGGGUAAAACUACCUGAAGAUCUACGCAGCACCAUCCGCAGUGAUGUGCUUGACAUCGGCAAUGUGGUGACCAAUCUGUGUCCUUGGAGCAACACGUACCUUUUCAAGCUUGAAGUCAUGGGGGAGAGCGCCUGCAGUAGGUGGCACCGCGACAACUACUGCGCGAGGGCCAUCGUUACGUACAACUCGGCCGGCACCGUCUAUGCACCAGAUGACAUCGUGAACUUCUGGGAGCUCGACUAUUGUGGCUGCAAUGACAAAAUCAUCAAGGAUGCAUCCCAAGUCUGCGCUGUUGGGGUAGGCGAUGUCUUCUUCAUGAAGGGCAAAAAGUUCCCUCAUGGUCCGAAGGGCUUAGUCCACAAGUCGCCAGAGAUUCGGCGCCACGACGACGGCCGGGUGGUGAACCGCUUGGUGCUGAAGGUGGACGUUCCGUAG